AUGGAGGAAGUUAAGCCUCAACUGUACAGUAUCACAGUUGAGAGAGAUGAACUUUUGGAUGAAUUAGUGAAAACACGUGAGAUCGUUGGAGAAAGAAAUGACGAGAUUAUCAAGAUCCUCGAAUUGAAGACAAAAUCAGAAAAGGAUUGCAUUGCGAAGUUGGCUGAUAUGCAGGAAAAAAUGAAUGCAAAAUUGUCGGAGGAAACGAACCUGAAGAAGGAUAUCUCUGAUUUAGAGAAUGAACUUGUACGGCUUCGAGGCAUGACACAAGAUGUAGAAGAGCAACGGGCACUUAACGAGGAGUGGGACAAUUUGAAGAAGCUACUUGCCGAUGAAGAAAAAUUGAAAAAUGAUCUUAGUAAUAAACUCAAUGCAAUCGAAAUAGAGAUGGGAAACUUACGAAACGAAAAUUUAAAUCUCGCCAAUCAAUCGGAAGAAUUACAAAGGGAGAAAGAGAGGAAAGAGAAAGUUGAGGAAGAAAUUAAACGUUUUGAAAGUGAACUUGAUUCAGCGAGGGCUCAGAAGGAGAAGGCUGAAAAGGAAAAUGCAACAUUAACCGAGGAACUCGCGAAACUUGGCGAAAAGAACGAUAAAUUAAUAGCAGAAAACGAGUCACUCAAGAGAAAAAUAGAAGAGCUCGAUGGCGCACUCGAGGCGUUGAAUAAAUGUAAAGAGGAAAAUAAUAGUUUGAGAGGUAGGAUAAACGAGUUGGAGUCUAUAAAUAAUGCAUCGAAGGAAGAGAGUGAACGAGCAAAGGCGGAUGCUGAGAGGAUAAAGAACGAGAGUAUAGCAAUGAAGGACGCUCUUGAUAAAAUGAUAGAGGAGUUGGAUAAACUUAAAGAUGAAAAUGAACGGCUGAAAAUGCAAAAUGACGAGAAUAGUCGGCUUAAGCCCGAACUAGAAAAUUUGAGGUCUGCUAAUGAGACUAUCAGAAAAGAAUCAGAGAUGUUAAAGGCAAAGCUGAACGAAACGUUGGAUGAGUUAAACGCUGAGAAAUUGGCGAGAAGUAACAUUGAGAAAGAAUUGAUGGCAUUGAAGAACGAGUUAAAGAAUUUGCUCGAUAAGAUCGACAAAUUGAAGGAAGAAAACGAAGCUCUCAAAGAAGAGAAGGAAGAGCUGAAGAAGACGCUUUUGAAGUUUGAUGAUGACAUGUCAAAAUUGAAGAACGCCAAUUGGGAUUUGAAUAAAGAAAACGAAACGUUAAAGGCUCGAAUAGCCGAUUUCGAGGCAAAGAUUAUUAAAUUGGAAGAAGAAAUUGAUCACUGGGAAACGGAGAAUUGUAAAAUCAAUUUAAAUGUUGGAAAGUUGAAAGGGAAUUUAGAGAAAGCGAUGAAAGACUUGGUCGAAUGUCAGGUAGCUAAAAAAUUAUUGGAACAACGAGUUUUUGAAUUGGAGGAGGAAAAUUCGAAACUUCAGAAAUACAAUGAAGACAUACUGUCCAACCUGGAUCAUCUAAAGAAGUCUCAUGAACUCGAUGAAUCAUCGAAGGAAGAGUGCUUAAAGGAUCUCAAUAACACAAGGGAGGAGAAUAACAGUUUGAAGGAUGAAUUAACGGCAUUGAAGGCCGAAUUAUUGAAACUUAGAGAUGAGAACAAAGAUCUGAAAAUUUCGCUCGCAGAUACUAUGAAACGGUUGACGUCGGCCGAAGCUGAAAUAGAACAGCAAAAGGCUGAGAUAUCAACAUUGAGAACUGAGAAUACUUCGAUGAAAGGGGAAGUUGAGAGAUUGAAGGCCGAAAAGGAGAAAUUCUCGGGAGAAGCAGCCAAGUUAGGAGCGGAUUUGGCGAGGUUGCAAAACGAGAACGACAACCUAAAGACCGGCCAACAGAAGCUAGAGGAAGAUUACGGUAAACUUCGAGGUCACGGAGAUGGGCAAAAGAUCGAGAUCGAUAAACUGAAGUCCGAGUUAGCUGAGGAAAGAUCGAACAUUGAUAAACUGAAAACAGACUUAUCUUCUUGUCGGAAAGAAAACGAUGAAAUAAUGACAGAGUUAAAAAGGUUAAAAGAAGAGAAUGAAAAGUUGAAGAGUGAAUUGGAAUCAGGUAAACAAAUUUUAUUAGACACGGAAAGUAAACUGCGGAAUAUAGAAAAGAAGAUAUUGGAGAUGGAAAAAGAGAAAGUUAGUUUUCUCGAUGAGUUGAAAGAUCUAAGAUCGCAGAUCAAUAAACUCGAAGGACAAUUGGAAAACGAAAAAAAUGCUAAAGAAUCUGCAAUAAAAGAUUCUCUCGCUUGCAAGGAAGAAUUGACUGCAUUGAAGGAAGAAUUGGCCAAACUGCGUGCCGAAACGGGAAAAUUGCAAGCUGAAGCGGAUACAUUGAAAGCCCGUGCAGCCGAUGAGAUUAAGCUGCUCGAAAAUAAACUUCAAAAAGAAGCAGAUUUGAAAUUGGACAAUGAAAAAUUGAAGAAAGAUCUUGCAGAGUGUAACAAGAUGAAGGAUGCUGCGUUGAAGGAAAUAGAAACUCUACGAGGUCUCGUUGCUGAGCUGGAGAAAAAAUUAGAUCAAUGUCAAAAGGAUACGGAACAAUUAAGAUCGGACAACGAUAGAUUAAAGAAUGAUAUUAGUAAGACACGUGAAGAUCUUAAAGCAUUGGAUACGAUUAAUCUUCAAUUGAAGAAAAAGAUGGCGGAUGAUUUAGAUGCUUCGAAAAGAGAGAUAGAUCAAUUGACAUUGAAGUCGAAGUUAGAGUUAGAUACUCUAAGAAAAAAAGAUGAUAGUGAUUUUAUAAUGCCAAUCAAGGCGUUGAAGGAAAAAAUAGAACAGCAGAACAACGGUGUGAAUCGUUUGAGGGAUUACAUUAUGUUUUUACUUGGAAAAAUGGAAGAAAAACCGAAAAUGGUUUCGUUCUUCGAAGAAGAGGACGAUGAUUUCGUUCGAAGAUUAAUUCCACCUUUCGAUGGAUUAAUUCCGAUUUCCCAUGAACUCUCCAAUAAUAUUUAUCGUGCUGAAAUCGAAAUACAGGGAUUGGAUGAUUUACGAAAACCUACGAGAGAGGAUGAAGUUUUGGAAGAGAAAUUAAUGGAAGACGAAUUGCUCGAAGAGGAAGAGAAGCCUCCGCUCGAUGUCGAUGAUUGGUUAAAAUCAUUAACACUAACAGAAAUGGCGGAUCUUCACGAUAAAAUUUGUUUAAUAACGUCAAGUAUGGUUCGAGAUGAUCGCGAUGCACCAACCUGCAAUACAGUUUUUAUCGGUUCUUUUCCCGGACAAAGUCCUUCUCAAGAAGAUUACGAUGUUUUGAACAAAAGAAUUGCAGCGUUGCAAAGGCAAAUAACCGAGAAACAAAUGGAGGCGUCUUGGAAGCUGCAGGAAUUAAAGAGGGCUCUUCGUUUCGAGCAGGCGAAUCUUAUACGAAUAUCCGACGAAAUGAAUUUAGAGAGAAAGCGAAAUCUGGCUCUUCAGCUUACUAUGGACGAUGGGAUUCUGACUUCGGAUGAAAAUUAA